CGACCAUCCAUUGUGCGGCGCUGGAUUUCUCCUCCCUGGCUCUGUCUCAUGUUGUAUUGACAGCAUGUGAAGCGGCUGAUGCAUCAGGGAGCGUGGUUUCCAUGUGUGCGGAUUGCUGGCUCAUCAGCGUGUCUGUAGAGUCCCUGCAGGAGGGGAGCUGUUCACAGUGGAGCUGGGCCUCAUCGUGGAUGUUUGCAGUUGCAGGCAGCAGGCCGAUCUGAGUUCCCAGUCACUGGCACGUAGCCACUCUUGUCAUGCGCUGCUUUCCGUGCUAGAGAGCGCUUCUCACCAACCCGAAUUCCCCCAGCACCACCUACAGUAUCUUAGCUACUCGCACCGGCACAAGUCUUCUCACAACGGAGGCGCAAGGAGGAGAAAUCCAGCGCCGCACAAUGGAUGGUCGCCCUGUCGCCUUUUCUGUAGAGAACAGGAAGUGGAGUUUCGAUUAAGUGGUUUGUUGGUAAAUUAUGGCAUCCGUCAUGUGCAACAUUAUGAUUCUCUUCUUCAUUCUCUCAUCACUAUAUGAAGAAUGCCUGUCAGUCAGAUUUAAGGUCUUGUCUAUAAGCUCAGUAUCUGUGACACUUGGUGUAGACGUCGUGAUACCUUGUUGUCUGACUCCUGAGAUGGACGCCACAGGCAUGGAAAUUCGUUGGUUUAAAACAAGAUUCCAGCCGUAUGUUCAUCUUUAUCAUAAUGGGAAAGAGGACUACUCAGUCCAGAGGCCGGAGUUUAUGAAGAGAACAGAACUGUUAAAAGAGAACAUCACUAGAGGAGUUUUCCCUUUGAUGAUCCAUAACGUCACAGCUCAGGAUUCUGGGGAAUAUCAUUGUUUUGUUGAAUCCAGUGACCAUCACGGCAGAGCAAAAGUACAGCUACAGGUUACUGCUGUUGGAGGUCUCCCGAUCAUUUCCUCAAUAACUGACAACACUCUGUAUUGUGAGUCCCGUGGCUGGUUUCCUGCACCAUACGUGACAUGGACAGAUCAUGAGGGAAACAAAAUAAACUCAUCAAUAGUAAAAGUGCUCAAAGAUGAGAAUCAUUUGUAUCACAUCAGCAGUGUUAUCCAGCUGUCAAAUACUUCAAAUAUCACUUGUACGGUCUCCAAUUCUCUAAAUCAGAGCAAACAUGACUCCUGGCAGUUCAUAGGAAGAAGACUUCCAAAAACAUCCAGGGAUACUCGCAGCCAUUUUCAUAUAAUCUCUUCCAGCAUUAUAUUGAUUUUAUCUGGGUGUGUUUUCCUUCUUUUGAUGUGUUUUGGUGCUUCAGAACUUCACAUUGAAAAACUUCAAAAUGAAAAAAGAGAAUUUAAGAAAAAAAAUGAAGAACUUCAGAGUAUAUAUGAAAAACUCCAGACAUCAGAAUACAAGUCGUUAGACGGGAGACUCGAUGCAAAAGAUGCUUCAGUCUGACCUGUGGAACUCCACUCUCUCAGUAGCAGAUGUGAAGGCCCUCUGAUGAAUACUUUAUGAGGACAUUACCUGAAGAUACUUCUUUGUAGCUCCCCAUCUUCUUUUCUGCUGAUUCACUGCACAUGCUCUGUGCUGCUGUCACUUACUGAGCUUAGGGACCCACUCACAAUAUACAGUACACAUAGAAUAGAAAUGUCACAAUAUAAGGCUGAUUAGUAAUUAAUACACAUAAUUACUACAUGGCAGCACAGAAACCAGUGCAAUUAGCAUCAGAAUUUAAUAAUCAGCAAACCUGUAGCAUUAGCUUUUAUGACAGAGGGAACAGGCCUGGACUAGGAUUCAGAAUAGACCCUGUCAUUUCAGAUACACAAACAGUCCAGGACUGAGAGGGGACCUCAUUUUCUGCUAAUGUUUUGAAUACUUGCUUAAAUAUUUAGUGUAAGUAUUUACAAAAUUAUUUAAGCGGCACAAGUAACAUAGUUGAUCCAUAGUGUGGUCAGUCCUACACUUAUGUUCAUUCCGUUAAUAAUUAAGAAUUCUAAUUUUGACUGCAGUCAAUUUCGGGUCACAUCGUGUAGGGGAUCUUAGCAUAUAAAAAUGCAGACAAAGACCUAAAAUAUCAAGCUGACACCAUUCCGGAACCCCAAAAAGUUGAUUAGUUGGUAGAAUCCAGGAGUCCAAAAGUUUUUAUAAAGUAAUUCAAAAAUCUUCAUUUACAUCUUGUAUAAAAACUACUUCCUCUCAUCCCUGGUCUGGCCAGUAGUGAUGUAUACGUUGGAAUUUUCCCCCUCACCACCAAGGCUUAAAGGAUCAGUAACAUAAAUUUAAAAAAAAAAAAAUUGUUAGUAUAGAACGAAAAAAAACCCACAAAGACAAAUUAAGUUUUUAAAUUGGUAAGUCUUUAUUAAGAAAUAACUUACCGAAACUCCCCUUGUGCUCCUCUUCAGAAACGGCGUUAGGGCGAUAAUCCAUAAUGUCUCCUCCCGGACUAUCCACUAUAAGGAAAGCAGGGAGAAGAAAUUGAGCGCAUGAUGGAUCGCCUUUUCUGAAGAGGAGCGCAAACAGAGUUUCGGUAAAUUAUUUCUUAAUAAAGACUUAGCGAUUUAAAUGUUUAAUUUGAACUUCUGUGUGUUUUUUUUUUUCUUUUUCGUUUAGCCCCUUCAUGAUGGCCAUGUUUGAUAUUUUAUAAAUCUGCUCCAUGUCCUGGGGCUAUAUUUUACUUUAAAGGAGUUGUUUACCUUGAACUAAACUGUUAACAUGGUGUAGAGAGAUAUAUUCCAAAACUAUUUGCAAUUUUCCAUUAUUUCUCGAGUUUUUCAAGUUUUGGAUUUCAGCAGCUUUCUGGUUUCUAGGAUGCAAAUUACCAUACUCUCAUUGUUUUUACAAUCUUGGGGUCAGUGACCCCCCCCCCAUUUAAAAGUUAGAAAGAGUCUGA